CCCUCUCCCUCUCUAUUAUAUAUAUAAAACCAAGAAUCUCUCUCUCUUCUUUGUCUUAUAUUUUCAUUUCCAGUUCAUCAUUGUCAUCCCCAUUCAUCUUUGUUUUUUCGAAACAUUUUUCAGUGUUUCGAAAACCAAACAACAAAAACAAUACGUUUCCCAGAUAUCUAAGCAAGACAAGCAAUUAUCUUCAUCAGAGAAGCAAGAAAAGUAGGUGAACAUUUGUUGCAACAUGGAUGAAACACAAGUGAGUGCAGAUAUCCCAGUGAAGGGUGUUGAAGAAGCUGAGACUAAUGAAAAGGUGUCAAAUGGAGACUUCCUGCCGAUUGGAAAAGAAGGAAAGAAAGAAGAGGAUGAAGCUAAUUUCGAUGGAGAGUUCAUUAAAGUUGAGAAGGAAUCACUAGCUGAAAAGACAUUGGCGGAGGAGGACAGCAAGUCAUCUGUUAUUGAGAGAAGCACAAGCAAUUCAAGCAGGGAGUUACUAGAAGCGCGGGAGAAGACAGGUGAACUUGAGCUAGAGAUUGAAAGAUUGGCUGGUGUGUUGAAGCAAUCGGAGUCAGAGAAUUCCGAGCUGAAGAAUGAGGUCUUACUUACAAAGGAGAAGCUCGAAGAAAUUGGAAAGAAGAACGAGGAGCUGGAACUCAGUCACAAGAAAUUGCAAGAGCAGAUCACUGAAGCUGAGGAGAAGUACAUUUCACAACUCAGUGUUUUGCAAGAGGCAUUGCAAGCUCAAGAAGAAAAGCACAAGGAUCUUAUUGGGGUGAAGGAAUCAUUCGAUGGUCUAAGCCUCGAGCUCGAAAGCUCGAGAAAAAGGAUGCAGGAGCUGGAGCAAGAGCUGCAGAGUUCUGUAGGUGAAGUGCAGAAGUUUGAGGAGCUGCACAAGCAAAGUGGUUCGCACGCCGAGUCUGAGACAAAGAGGGCCUUGGAGUUCGAGAAGCUGCUUGAAGUGGCAAAAGUGAGUGCUAAAGAGAUGGAAGAGCAGAUGGGUGCUAUUCAAGGAGAACUUAAGGGAUUGCAUGACAAGAUUGCUGAAGAUGAAAAAGUUAAGGAAGCACUUCAGUCUGCUGCUGCUGAGCUUUCUGCAGUUCAAGAGGAGCUGGUUCUGUCAAAGUCCCAAGGUGUAGACUUGGAGCAACGACUUUCUGAUAAAGAAGCUCUUAUAAGUGAACUAACUGCGGAAUUGGACCUGAAAAAGGCUUCCGAGUCUCAAGUGAAGGAAGACAUUUCAGCUCUUGAAAAUCUGUUAGCCUCGACUAAAGAAGAUCUCCAGGCAAAGGUUUCCGAGUUGGAAGAAAUCAAGUUGAAGCUGCAGGAGGAAUCAAGCGCUAAGGAAUUGGUUGAAGCUGCGAAAAGAACCCACGAAGAACAGGUCUUAGUUGUACAGGAGCAGUUGGCUAUAGUAACUAAAGAAAAAGAAGCAGUGGAAGCAGCUGUGGCUGAUCUCACUGGUAAUGUACAGCUGAUGAAGGAGUUGUGCAGUGAUCUUGAAGAAAAAUUGAAACUUUCGGAGGAGAAUUUUGGAAAAACAGAUUCUCUAUUGUCUGAAGCUUUGUCGAACAAUGUAGAGCUGGAACAGAAGUUGAAGUCAUUGGAGGAGCUCCAUAGCGAAUCAGGAGCUGCACAUGCAACUGCUACUCAAAAAAAUCUUGAGCUUGAGGGUGUUAUUCGAUCUUCAACUGCAGCAGCAGAAGAAGCGAAAUUGCAACUGACAGAGCUUCAGACACACUUUAUAGCAGUCGAACAAAAGAAUGUAGAGCUUGAGCAACAAUUAAAUGCGGUAGAGUUGAACAAAGGAAUUGCUGAGAGAAAUCUGGAAGAAUUUUCUGAAAAAGUAUCGGCACUCACUGCAACAUUGGGAGAGGUUGAGGCAGAAAAGAAUCAGCUAAAUGGUCAGGUUCAAGAAUACCAAGAGAAGAUACCACAGCUGGAAUCUGCCUUAAACCAGUCAUCUUUGCAAAAUGCAGAGCUUCAGGAGCAAUUGAAGAUUUCCACCGAGAAAUGCUCUGAACAUGAGGGCAAAGCCACUACAAUUCAUCAGCGAAGCCUGGAACUCGAAGAUUUGAUCCAAGUGUCUCAUUCCAAAGUGGAGGAUGCCGGUAAAAAGGCGAGUGAGCUGGAGUUGUUACUUGAAACUGAGAAGUAUAGAAUUCAAGAACUUGAGGAACAAAUAAGCACAUUGGAGAAGAAAUAUGAGGAUGCUGAAGCAGAUUCAAAGAAGUACUCAAAUAAAGUAUCUGAACUUGCUUCUGAACUCGAGGCAUUACAAGAAAGAACAUCUAGCCUUGAAGUUGCACUGCAGACGGCGAAAGACAAGGAAAGGCAGUUGACAGAAUCCUUGAAUGUUGCUACUGAAGAGAAGAAAAUGUUAGAAGAUGCCUCAAGCAGCUCGACUGAGAAGUAUUCCGAAGCGGAAAAUCUAGUGGAAGUCUUGAGGAAUGAAUUGAUUGAAACUCAAGAGAAAUUGGUGAAAAUCGAAGAUGAUCUUAAGGCUGCUGGAAUCAGAGAAGGUGAGGUCGUAGAGAAACUCAAGUUGGCGGAGGAGCAACUGGAACAACAUAGCAAACUGAUAGAGCAAACAUCAUCAAGAAACUUAGAACUUGAAUCGCUACAUGAAUCCCUGACGAGGGAUUCAGAGACUAAACUCCAAGAAGCAAUAGGAAACUUCACUAACAGGGAUUCUGAGGCAAAAUCUCUUACUGAGAAGCUGAAUGUGCUUGAAGAUCAGGUGAAGGCUUAUGAAGAGCAAAUUGCUGCAACAGCCGAAAAAUCUGCAUCUUUGAAAGAAGAACUGGAUAAUUGUUUGAGUAAAUUGGCUUCUUCAGAAAGUACAAAUGAAGAACUCCGAAAACAGUUCUUGGAAGCAGAAGACAAAGCCUCUCAAUCAUUCUCAGAAAACGAACUGUUGGUUGGGACAAAUGUUCAGCUAAAAAGCAAGAUAGAUGAAUUACAGGAAUCGUUGAACUCUGCUCUAUCUGAAAAAGAAGCCACUACUGGACAACUUAUUUCCCACAAGAGCACUAUUGAGGAGUUAACAGAGAAACACUCGAGAGCCUUUGAUCUCCAUUCUGCUGCUGAAGCUCGCAUUCUGGAAUCAGAAGCAAAGCUACAAGAAGCCACUCAGAGAUUCAGUGAGAAGGAUUUGGAAGCUAAAGAUCUGAUCGAGAAACUAAGUGCACUGGAAGCCCAAAUAAAGGUCUAUGAAGAGAAGGCUCAAGAGUCGUCUGCAAUUUCCGAAACCAGUAAAGUAGAGCUAGAAGAGGCUCUCUUGAAGCUGAAGCAGCUUGAUAUUACUGUUGAGGAACUACAAACUAAGUCGGCUCACUUUGAAGAAGAAAGCAGAAAGCUAGCUGAGGCAAAUGUAAAGCUUACAGAGGAAGUGUCUAUAUAUGAGUCCAAAGUGAGUGACCUAGAAGCAAAGUUAUCUACCACCAUCACUGAGAAGGAUGACACGGUUGAACAACUUCAUACUUCACAAAAGACUAUAGAAGAGUUAACACAGCAGCUUUCUUCUGAGGGGCAAAAACUACAAUCUCAGAUAUCUUCGGUUAUGGAUGAGAACAACCUGCUAAAUGAACUGCAUCAAAGUACCAAGAAGGAACUUCAGCAAGUGAUAUCCCAGCUCGAAGAACAACUGCAGGAACACAAAGCAGGAGGAGAUGCUUUAAAAUCUGAGUUUGAAAAUCUCAAGGCUGAGGUUGCUGAAAAACCUUUGUUACAGAAGUCUCUCAAGGAACUCGAAGAACAGUUGGUGAAAACUGAAGCUCAACUAGCAAAAGAGGUUGAAAGCGUUAAGGUGGCUGCUGCUGCGAGAGAGGCAGAGUUGACUACAAAAUUGGAGGAUCAUGCAAUUAAAGUCCAUGAUAGAGAUUUAUUAAAUGAACAAGUUCUAAACCUUCGGAGAGAGUUAGAAAUUGCUCAGACCGCUGUUUCUGAAAAGAAAGAAGCGGAUUCUCAAAAGGACCUGGAACGAGAAGCAGCGUUGAAGCAGUCUCUUGAGCAACUUGAAGCUAAGAACAAGGAAGUCGCACUUCUAGAUAAGCAAGUCAAAGACCUUGAGCAAAAAUUACAGCUUUCUGAUGCCAAUAUAAACGAAAAGGGUGAUAUCUCAGGAUUGGAAGUGAAAUCCCGGGACAUUGGAUCAACCAUUACAACUCCAUCGAAAAGGAAGAGUAAGAAAAAGUCUGAAGCAACAACUUCUGCUCAAGCCUCAUCCUCAUCAGAGAGCCUUACUCACACUGCCAAUGCUUCCCCAAUGAUGACCAUUAAGGUCAUAUUUGGAGUGGCUCUUGUGUCUGUCAUCCUUGGCAUCAUUCUUGGGAAACGAUAUUAGCUUUCGUGUAUUGUGGUUUUGGUUUGGCCCCUCAGGUUUUGGUUUAUAUUUUCCCUUGGUAUAAAUUAUGCACAGCUGAUUGAAAGCUUUGUUUUUAUGCUUUCAAGCUUAUAGUUUUUGAGGUUUUUGGUCUGGGAGUUUAUUUUGAUGCCUAUGCCCCUUGCUUUGUUUGCAAAGCAAAACACAGCUAAUUCAUGUAUUGUUAUUCAAGUUUGUAUCUAGUUUUCGAUUGGGUUGCAGGUGCUUUAAGAAAUCUUAUUUUGACA